GAGCAGAACCUAAGAAUGUCCAGAGAUCGUCCCAGCAACGUUAAUAUCGUCGCAGAUAUUCAUAUUUACAGAAGAAUUUGCCACGUUACGCACUUCGACGUCAACGCCCAUUCAUAAAGAUGUGAUGACGCGUGCCGAAUUAUUUGUAGAGGUAUUUCUCAUCCGUCGAGCGUCACAGGAGAGCUGCGCAGCGGCAUAUUGUCCAACGUCGGGGCGGCAGGCUGCGCGGCCGACGCCGAGCCACCCCGACGUGGCUUAUUAGACUAGGUUUUAUUUUUAUUGUGGAUCAGGAUUGUGUGCGUGGUCGCGGGCGGUGGUGUAAUAGAGCACUCGUGCCAGCGGGCAGUGUUGGCGGGCUGCCCGCGUCAGUCCCCGGAGCGCCGGCCCGCAGCCGCCCGCCUGCCGCCGCCCAGAGCCGCCCGCCCGCGCUCUGUCGAGUGAGGAGCACCCGUCGCCGCCUGCGCCGGUACCCGCUUUCGCCGAGAACUAGUGUUCGCGUUUACGCGGCUAGAAAGUCCGACAACACUCCGUAACUCGGUCUGAGCUUCCGAUUUAGGUCGCCCGGUUCGGUGCUAGCAGCGGGAUAUUUUUAUUGCCACCGUUGGGUGCAGACGUCCGACGCCACGGGCGCGCCGCCGGUUAAAUAAAUUAUUAUUUAUAGAGUAGAAUCGUAAAGCUCAUUCCAUAAACGUUAACAUUUGUGCAUUCGAUCCUAGUUUUCUCGUCGGGCGGAAUGCGGUGCCAAGACGCGCGUGCACGGUAGGAGUAGGAGUGAAGGCCGUGGAAUGCGUUGAGUGAAGGAGUCGGAGUCGGUGGCAUUUAGGUGUAAUCGUUGACAUUUGUGAAGUGCAUUUCGUUGUGUUAGUGUGUGAGCCCGUGAAGGAUGCACCACCUGUACCCGCUGGCGAAGGGCGACCCGCUGUGCCCGCUGGGCUUCCACCCGCAGGUGCGCUGGCCGACGCGCUGCAAGCGCUGCUUCCGCGACUACAAGGAGCACGGCGGCGGCCGCAAGAAGGAGGACGACUUCACCGCCUCCACACCCAGCCUCUCUUCUUGGAACUCACCGGCGUCACGAAGUCGUGAUGAAGAUAAUGGUGCAGAAGUGGAGAAGACAGGCCGCGGUUGGGCGUCCAGCACCAACCUCAGUUCCAUCGACCCUUCCAAGAAAGACGCCUUCUCCACAGCAGGGUUCAGCAGAACCAGUGCCUCGUGGACGUCGACGCCGGACUUGGGGGCCAACGACGCCGACGCCACGCACGCCGUCACCGUCAGCCUCAAGCUGCCCAAGCGCAGGCUCACCGGCCCGCUGCCGACCUUGGACACGGGGCAGAAAGAUACCACCACCACCACCACUACUACAGACACUGUGACGCUGAGGCGGCCGUCGCCUUCGCCGCCACCGGUGUCGGCGCAGAUCACCAUCUCGAAGAACGACUCGCUGGCGGAGCGCGUGCGCAAGAUGAACCUAAUAAAAAGUCAAAACAGUUUUGAAAAAGAAUCCAGUAUAGAGAAAGAAAGAGAAAAGCGAAGUGUAUCUAGAAGUAGAGAAGAAAAGAGCAGAGAAGAAGAAAAACCGCCGAGACCAAAAGAAGACAGACCAUCCAAGGAUGACGUUAACUUUAUGAUGCAGGUGAAAAGUUCGAGAGGGACGUCAACAAAUUCCAAGCCACCGAUGAGGGGCGGCCCCUCUCGGGACAAGGAGGAAUCAGACGACGACACGAGUACCGCCGGCACAGUUACUACGGAGACUACGCUGGUGGACGCUAAUAUAAAGGAUUACCAGGAGCAAGUCGAAAGUCUGAAGCAAGAGGUAGACACACUUAGAAAGCGUUGCGAGCGGGUCGAAAAGGAAAAGAGUGACAUACUGCUAAGACGGCUGGCGAACAUCGACACUGCCAAUAAGUACACCUCAGGCCGCUCGUCGGAGGUCCUCAAACUGCAGCAGAAGGUCAACGAACUGACCUCCCAGAACGAAGACCUUAGGGAUGAGAAGAAACACCUUUCGUUGAGGGUGAAAGAGAUCGAGUGUGAAUUGGAGGCACGACCGUCAGUAGAAUCGCAAACGCGACAGAUUGAGCAGUUACGAGCGAAGUUACUGGCAGCCGAGACUCUUUGCGAGGAGCUGAUGGACGAGAAUGAGGACAUGAAGAAAGAACUUCGGGACCUCGAGGAAGAAAUUGAGGAGAUGCAGGACAAUUUCAGAGAGGAUCAAGCAGACGAAUACUCGUCACUUCGAAGAGAGUUGGAACAAACAAUCAAGAACUGUCGAGUUUUAUCGUUUAAGUUAAAAAAGACUGAAAGGAAAGCGGACCAGCUCGAGCAGGAGAAAGCGGACCAAGAAAAGAAACUUCUAGAGAUAGUCGGCGGCAAAGAUGGUCUUCAGCGAGAGAACCGCAUCAAGGAGUUGGAACAAGAGUUGUCGCGCUCCAACGAGGUGGCGCUGCGGUUGCAGAGAGAACUAGCUGACGCCGUAGCCAAGUUGGGGGCGCCACCUGCCAACUUGAAGAAACAAGCGCCGCCUGCCGAUGGGCAAAAGGUGUCCCGGUCGUCUCUAACGCGCGGUGGCAGCCAGGAGGACCCGGCGCAGUUGCUGCGGGACCUGCAGGACUCGCUGGAGCGCGAGGCCGACCUGCGCGAGCAACUGCGAAACGCCGAGGAGGAGGCGAACCGAUAUCGGCAACGCUUCGGAGGCCGCAGAAUUCCUCCGCCGCCGAAACUUCCUUCACCUUUCCAUCCUGACCUCAUACCACCUCAGUCCGCUAACGAAAGUUACGACAAAGAUAAAGAACUCGAAGAAAGUACUACUCGAAGAAUUAUGGAGAUGCAAUUAGCAUUAGAAAAAGGGUUAUCGUCUCUAGAAGUCAAUCAUAUAUCAAUCGGAGUCAAUCAAAUAGCUCAGUCGCCUCAAGAUCUAAUACUCCGUUAUGCCCAAGGUUGUCAGACUGACCUUAUAAUGGUCCACGACGUUGCUACAGAGACUAAAAAGAUUACAUUAGAUUCCUCAAUACAGAGCGAUAAUAACUCCCUAGAAAUGUAUACUCAGACGGAAAUAGCUUUCAUGAAGAACAAAAACGUGCAGACUGGUUUCAUGAGAACCAACGGUUUCACGCAAACAGAGAAACCUAAACAGAGAAGUGCUAGUGUUCAAACACCUAAUAAACUUUACAGCGACAAAUGCCAACAAAUUUUAAGAUCUAGUAUUGAAUAUAUUGAAAGCAGCACACAAACAGAUGUAAAAUCGGAUAUGUAUAAUCAAGGAACUUGUAUGGAAAUCGAAUUAAAUGGAGAAAAUGGGCAGUUUGUUGAUAACCUUAGUUUAGAAUCGGUAGUACGAAAAGAAAAGUCUGAGAGUCCACCACUCAGCCGCGACAGAGAAGUAGCGGGUCCCUCAUCCCCGCUCAUGUUCCCUUUCGUAUCAUUGUUCAACCCACUGGCAGUAAGAUUGCCGAACAUAGGUCGUAAACUCUCACCAACGCCUCCAACUAAUAGACUGUCAAUUGAAGCACCCAACGAAAAAGAUGAAGGAAUAUCUGAUGAAGAGGAUCCAGCGGAAUUGCGGUUGCUUCUAGAACUUAAUGAACAGGAGGCUGCAGUUUUACGACGAAAAGUAGAAGAACUAGAACAAGACAGAGAUUCACUGAAGAAACAAGUCAAAGAACUUACCGAUAAAAUAGCUAACACAAAUUCCAAAACUCUCACAAAUUCCACUACUACUGUUAGGCGUAACACAACAAAAAGUAAUAAUUUAGCGGAAGAAAAAGUUAAGGUAUUAGAAGAUGAAAUAGACGAGUUGAGAAAGAAACUCAUAGAAAAGGAAAGAGACUGUGAAAGAUUACAUGCUGAAUUAAGUUUAGCACAGAAGAAACCGAAGGCAUCCCUUAGCAAAAGCAAAUCUCUGGAUAGUAAUAGCGAACAACAGAAUGUCGACCUUAAACGGCAACUGCAAGUAAUUGAGCAAGAAGCUAGCGUACUAAGAGCUAAAACGCAAAGUCUUGAAUCAGAUAACGAAAAACUUCAAGCUGAAAAUAAGAAAUUACUGUUGUUGAAGAAUACCAAAACAUUACGAUCCGACAAAGCUGUUGAACAAAAUGCUGUUAAAGUGACUCAACUAGAAAAUGAAUUGAAGGAAGCACUGGCCAAAAUCAAAGAAUAUGAAAGUAAUAAAGACAAAGAUGAAAAAAUAGAAAAGAAAGUAAGAUUUGGAGGAGAACUUACCAAGAAAGAUGCUGACACUCUUAAAGCAAAACAAGAUGAAUUAGAUAGACUAAAACUAAACUUCACUAAGCUGGAAAAAGAAAAUGCAAAACUACAAGCAACAUUGAAAGCAUUAAAGGAAGAUGCAAUGAAAUCAUUUAAACCACGUACACCUAAAAAACUGACUGAUCUCACAACUAAAUUACAAAUGAAAAGGAUGGUAGAAGACUUAGAAAGUGAAAUUGGGGAAUUAUACGUGGUAAUGAAAAAUGCUGGAUUAUCUUCCAACGAAAUCAACGCUAAAGCUCAACUAGAAAAAGACAUUGAGGAGAUUAGAGCAAAGCUGUCCAAAAAUGAAUCUGAAUUCACCAAUGAAAAGAAUAAAUUACAAACGGAAAUCGCAAAGUUAAAAGAUCUCAAUAGUAAAUUAGAAGGUGAUAAAAGUAAAGUCACUGAUAAAUGCAAAAGUUUAGAAACAGAAAAGGAUAAAUCACUCAAUGAAUUGAAGGCAUUGAAAGAUGAAAAGAAAAUCCUUGAAGCUCAAAUCACGAAACUGAAUGCAGAUCUCAAAAAUUCUAGCUCUCAACAGACAGCGAUGGCUGAUUGUAUGAAGAAGAUAGAAGAUCUUAAAAAGGAAAUGGAUGCAAAGGACAAAGAAGUUGAUAAGUUGAAGAAGCAAAUAGAAAAUAUAAAUAAAUUGGAACAAGACAAAAACAAAUUGCUCAAAGAGGUUGGAGAUAAAACUAAGAAAAUAGGAGAGUUAGAAAAGAAAUUCAAGGAAUCAGAGGAAAAGUGUAAGCGCAUUGAAAAGCAACUGUCAACACGAAAGGAUCGGGUAGCUAAAUUAGAAAAAGAACUCUCAGAGGAAAAGGAGCAAGCUGAAGCGCUGGCUAACUCUCAUAGGCGGCUUUCUGUUGAAUUUACUUCAGAGAAGGACGAAAUUCAUACAAAACUCAUUAAAUCUGAAAGCAAACUCAUAACAUUAGAGACAGAAAUGAGAGAACUGAAGACUGAUUACGAAAGUAAAUUAACUAAUUUGGAAUCGACUAUAGCAGCUAAAGACAUUCAUAUUAAACAACUGGAGGAUGCUUUAAGAGAGACGUCAAAUCAAAAAUACGAUGAAGCCAUAUCGUCAGUGGAAAUGGCACAAAUGCAAGAUAAAUUGGAAAAAACAAUAAGAGAUCUUCAAGAAAAAGAAGAAGAAUUAUCUACUGCUAAACAAGAACUGAGUAAAACAGAAAAAGAAUUGUCUUCAUUGCAAACGGAAACGUCAAGAAUAAAGUCUGAUCUUAGUAAGCUAGAAAAUGAAAAGAAGGAGCUGGAAAACAAAUUACAGACUGAGAAGAAAGAGUCAGGUUACUGGGAAAGUAAGGCGUCAGAACUUGAGACUGAUCUACAGGCAGAGAGAAAGAAACUGGAGCGUAUGCGCAUUGCACACGACAAGGAUGUAAAGAACAAGGAGGCUGAACUAGCCACUUUGAAGGGCAAACUGAAGGUCCUGGAACAGAGCACUGGCGCAGGGGUCAAGAGGAUUGCUGACCUUAAACAGGAAUACGAAGAAACUGUUAAAAAGUUAGAACACUCGCUAGCAGUAGAAAAGGCAGAGUACGAAGAAUUGACAGGCAAAUAUGAGAUAUUGGAAGAGGAACAUGUAGUCACUAAAGCUCGACUGACUGUUGAGAAGGAGCAAGCUCAAGGGGAACUAAUACACGUGCAAAAAGAAUUGACUGCAGCGUUAGCCGAAAUAAAGAGUCACCAAGACUCCUACGAAUCACAGUCUUCAGCGUGGCACAAAGAAAAAAUGGAACUCCAGACCGAAAUAUCGUCCCUUCAAGAGCGGCUGUGCGGCGGCGGCUGGGAGGUGGAGAAGGCGCGGCUGACGGCCCGUCUGGAUCAGCGCGAGAAGGAGCUCCGGUCCGCCACCGACCAGUUCAAUGUGGUGACGCAUCACCACGAACAGGCCAAGAAAGAGCUGGAAGAAAUAAGGCAGAAACUGGAAGACUACGAACGAGUGUCCAAGAUCCAAAGGAACUUGACUUCUGAGAACGCCGAGUUGGAGCGAGAGGUGGCCGCUGUGAACGCGCGCCUCGACCAAGCAGAGAAAGCGAGAAAACUCGAGCUCACCGACACUAAGAUGAGAUACGAGGGACAGAUGAACAGCAUGCGGGAUGAGCUGAAGUCUUUGCACAACCAGGUGUCCAGGUUCAGACGAGAGAGAGAUAACUACAAACAAAUGCUAGACGCCGCCCAAAAGACAAUGGCGGAAAUAAAGAACGGCGACAAAAACACCAGAACGCCGAGGACUUCCAUAUCGAGCACUGAUGAGGAGGAAUACCGCAACAAAGUGGCGACAUUAGAGCAGCAGACGGCGUGCCUUGAAGACGAGUUAUGUGAGGCGCGGCUGCUGGCCUCCAAGCUCAAGACCGAGCUCGUCAGCGAGAAGUCCGCCGCCGAAGUGCGCAUCGCUGAGAUGCAGUCCCGGCUCAAUGAGUACGAAGAGGAGCGGCUUCUGUCUUCUGGGAGGGCGCGAGUGGCAGGACUCGCCACUCGGAUGGAGCUGGCGUGGCACAAGGAGCGCGACGAACAGCAACGACUGUUGCAAGAAACCUCCACGCUCGCGCGUGACUUGCGACAGACGCUCUUUGAGGUGGAACGCGAGAGAGAUAAGGAAAGGUUAGACAUGAAGAGAAGAAUAGAACAACUAAAGAGAACGACCGAAGAGGAGACUGAAGAAGCUAAGAAGAAGGUAUCCGAGCUACAGUGCGACCUGCUAGAACUUCGUGACGCGCACGCUAAACUGCGCACGGCCAACGAAAAGCUGCGGCGCGACAAAGAACGCAACGACCGCGAUCGCGACCAGAACAAGUUGCUGGUUGCCUCGCUGAAGCGCGCGCAGCAGGAAGACGACAGGAUCAUAGCGCAGCUGCUGGAGACAAUAGAAGACCUGAUGAAGCAGAGCCCGGAACUGUUCCGCAGCGAGCCCGCCGUCAAGCCCGAGAAGAGCUUGCUCACGCCUACUCCGCCCAGGCGAAACAGGUCAUCGAAGUCCCGGUCCCGAUCCGCGACUCCCGAGAGCGCAGAGACCACGCGCCUGCGCCGCCACACCGAUGAGCUGCGCGCCUCGCGUAUCGCGGAGCGCGCGCGCAGGCAUAACGCUACUGCUCGACGCGCAAUGUCGACGGAGCCGCGCGACACACUCUCAGUGGCACCAGCUAGCCGAACACCAUCGCGCGCUCCUUCUCUCAAGAAACGAUCCGUUUCCUUGGAACAGACUACUAAGGACCAGAGCGUAAUUUGGAAGACGGUGGAUGACAGCAGCGUAUCUUCAAUGCAAUCCUUGGAUGGAGACAACGACGUUCGCUUGUUCACGAUGCAACGCGACACUAGUAUGGACAGUCGACUUUCUGGUGGAUCGGCCCAGAGUGACGUACUCCCAACAGAUAAGAAGAAAAAGAAAAGCAUUUUCAACAAACUGAAAAAGCUGACCAAAUCGCGAUCUAUAGAUGACCAAGUGGACUCCGAUACUGUUGAUUUCAGGCCUAUCGGCACAGUAUCACAGGGUUCGGAUUCGGACAUGAGUGCAGCAGGCAGCAAACGAGAUUUACGUGGUCGACUGUCAGACAUGUUCAGUAGGAAAGGGCAAGCGUCUCGAGGCAACAGCAAAGAGAAGAGCCCAGAGCGGCCGGCCAGUGCGAUGGCGAGCGUGGGCUCCCGGCCCAUGCUACGUAACUCCAGCAAUUCGCUGUUGCCGCGCGCCUCGCCCGCUAAAGCCAACGAAGUGCCGAGCUCAAGGGCAUCCAGUGCGACUCCCGCCGCGAAGAGAAAAGGGAAAUAACUAAUACUAUUCGUGUUUCGCUUCAUUAUUGUGUAUUUAUCCAUUCUCCUAUGACUUCCACAUAGCAUGUAAUAUCACAAUACAUAUCAAUCUGUAUAACUAUCGACAACACGGUGCCGUAGAAUUUUUCUAAAUAUUUUUAGCAACGCAAAUUAUAACUCUCUUGACAUAUAAUGCGGUACAGUAAAAUUAAUUUUACUUAUUCCUAAAACAGAACGAUAAUAAUCGGCGAGUAGAAUGAGGUUCUCGUCCGACCUACAUCAAAUAAAAGCUUGUAAAAUAUCAGUCGUAUUUUUUUUACUAGAAUCUGCAGUAUUUAAACGAUUAUUCUACUAUCUUCUAAAUGCACUGGUGAUAAAAUUUUAAUUGAACUCCAAUUUUACAUUAAGUACAGUCGUUAAAAGACGAACACUUUUAAUAAACGUAGCCAGAACAGGUCGAUAGUUAUGCAAGGCUAGUCUUACAUUAGUCACAAUAUAUUUCUACAGUGACAGCCUAAAUAUUCCUUAUUCCUACGUCCUCUCCUUAGUGAAUAUCGCAAGGAUUCCGACGUGUCUGUACGUCGGGAAGUUCAGUAGCAACGUUUGUAGUUAUGUAAUUGUAAUUUUUUAAUAAAAUUGUUGAUCGAAA